CUACGAUAAUAAAAGUCAUUGACAUUGUUGACAUGUGAAUGGCGUUGUGUAAUGUUAAUGUUUACAAUUUGCCGGAUGUUAAGUCGACAAGUAUAUAGUGCAGUUUACUAAUAAAGUAGAAGACAGUAACGUAAAGUUAGUAUUGUAAGAAUGAUUCUACCCUCUGCUGCGAAGAUUGUAUGUCAAGGAAAGAAUUUAUGUUGCAGCAUCAAAUUAUUAGGAACGGUUGUUCGUGGAUUGGCUUGCUCAACUGAGGACACUGCUGUAACAAGGAAGAGGAGAAGUAAGCUAUUUAGUGAUGAGAAAAAAAGGCAGAAAUCAGCUGUUGGGCGUAUUGAGAAAAUUGAAGUUCAGUAUAUUGGAACUCCUGCUGAUGCAACCCUUGUCAUGAACAAAGGAAUAUCAACUCCAUUUAACUGUGCUGAACAUAUGAGUGAAAUGCUGAUGCAGCGUUCUGCUUUGGCUUUGCUGGAUGACAGUGAAUUGUGGGACAUGCAUCGCCCAUUACCACGUUCCUGCAGUCUUCAGUUACUCCAUUUCCAAGAUGAAGAUCCUCGACACGUAAAUCGGGCAUUUUGGCGCACGUGUUCCAUGGCACUUGGUGCGGUAAUUGAGAAUGCCUUCAAAGAAGACAUCACUGUUCGUCUACACAGUUUUCCUCCACCAAACAUAAAAAGUGGCAGUUUUGUGUAUGAUGUGGACCUAAGUCUUAGUGACUGGCAGCCAAACCAGGAUGAGUUACGAUCCCUGUCUGGCCAGAUGGUGGAACUGGCAAAACGUGCAUACCGUAUUGAGCGCCUCUCUGUCCCAGCAGAUAUCGCUCUAGAAAUGUUUGCGGACAACCCUCACAAAUUGCAGCAGAUACCAGAUAUUGCAAGCAGUGAUCCAAAUGGAGAUAUUACUGUGUACAGAAUGGGAGAGCAUGUGGAUAUAAGCAGAGGUCCCCUAGUGGGCAAUACUGGCUUUAUUGGUCGGUGUACUGUAACUGCAGUUCAUCAUGUGGAAACAGACAGUGGCAGCCUGUACAGGUUUCAGGGAGUAGCACUGCCCAGAGGACUCAUGCUGAAUCACUAUGCUUAUGGCAUCCUGGAGUCUCGUGCAAGCAAGCUGAACACUGUGCAUCUCCCAGACAGUUACAGAGCAGAACCAGCUAAGACGGCACCUGUCAUGGCUUCAACUGUGGCAUGACUGUAGCCGAGAACUAAGAUCUCCCUAUUAAGAGGAUUAGUCUCCCAAAAAUGACAGCAGUGCAUACACCUUGAGGCUUUGGUCUCACAAUGUAUUUAUAUUUUUUAUUGAUGUACAAUAAUAAAUAGAUUUUCAUUAAUAAAUGUGUUUUUCACCAUA